AUGCGUGUUUUUGUUACAGGCUCAACAGGUUUUGUCGGCUCAGCUGUCGUCAAAGAGCUCUUAGCUGCCGGUCACUAUGUCCUCGGCCUAGCCCGCAGCGACAAAGGAGUCGAGCAGCUCAAGGAACAAGGCGCCGAAGCCCUUUUUGGUACAAUUGAGGACUUGGAAGUCCUCAAGAAGGGUGCUUCUGUGUCUGAUGCCGUCAUCCAUCUGGCAUUUGUACACAACUUUGCCGAUUUUCUUGGUUGUUGCGCCAUUGACCGUGCAGCCAUUACCGCUAUGGGUUCUGCUUUGGUCGCAGCUGGUGGCAAUCGUGCCAUGGUGAUCACUUCAGGCACUAUGAUGCUCACUCAGGGAAAGCUGGGCUAUGAGGACGAUAAGCCUAACAUGAGCCAGCCUCUUGCGGCAGCUCGUGGGGCUUCUGAGCAAUUGUGUCUCGAUUUUGCCAAUCAAGGUGUUCGAGCAUGUGUUGUUCGACUUCCUCCUACGACGCAUGGGGCUGGAGGCGUUUCUGGGUUCAUGGGCCCGUUUGUGAACGCUGCACUUGAAAAGGGCGUCUCUGCAUAUGUUGGCGAUGGUCAGAAUCAUUGGUGCGCUGGUCAUCGUGAUGAUGCGGCUAGAUUGUACCGUUUGGCUAUUGAAAAAGCAGAGCCUAGAUCCGUUUUCCAUGCCGUUGCCGAGGAGAGCGUGACAAUCAAGGACAUUGCUACCGAAGUUGGCAAACAAUUGGAUAUUCCUGUUAUCAGCAUUCCUCCAGACAAGGUACCGGAGCAUUUUGGCUGGUUUCAAUUCGGUGCUAUGGCUGAUAAUACUGCCUCGAGCGCAAAGACCAAAGAGGUACUGGCCUGGAACCCUACGGGACCCACGGUUCUAGAGGACAUCGAAGCUAUAGUCGACUUUACAAAGUCUCAUUCAGGCUAG